GGCCAGCAGGGGGCGCUGCAGGCUUACACAGUCAAUAACAACUACUACAGCACAUUUUAUUAUCCUGCUGGGGCAGGAAAAUGUAUGACAGAUAAGAUGUCAUGGGCACGUCAAAGGGCUUCAGCACUGACUUGACCUAAUUAAGAGGUGGGUGCAGUGAGGAAAGCUCAGUGAAUACAGACACUGCCCUCUGUUAUCCAUUGGGGCUGAUCAACAGCUGGAGUGGACUCUGACCUACCCAGAAGCCCCAUGUGAUUCUCAUCAGUGUGUGCAUGUAAGAACAGCCGAAGGAGGCCUGUCGCUAACCUCUAUAUAAGAUGACAGCAAGUCAUAUCCAACGCCUCCAGGGACUGACGGAACUUGUAUGACACACAGCAGACGUGGGACCAUUUGGGGAGGCAGCUUCUUCAAUUUUUUUUCGGACUGACCCGGCUGCACCAUGGCUCUGCUCGUGCACAUACUAGCCUGUGCCUUUGGCCUGGGCUCUUGGGUGGCAGUAAACGGUCUGUGGGUGGAGCUGCCACUCAUCGUCAACGCUCUCCCAGAGGGCUGGGAGCUCCCCUCCUACCUGACAGUCAUCAUCCAGCUGGCCAAUCUGGGACCUCUGCUGGUCACCAUCAUGCACAAACUGUGCCCGGGUCGUCUUAAUGAACGUGUUGUCAUUUACUCCAUCCUCUCCAUCGGCAUCCUCUCCUGCAUCCUGCUUGUCUUCUUGUGGGACAAGACUACAAUCGUGGCCGGGGCGCCACGUAGCACUGCCUUCUUCAUCAUCACCUUCUUCCUCUCUCUGGUGGACUGCACCUCCUCAGUCACCUUCCUGCCUUUCAUGAUGCAGCUUCCAGCCAAAUACAUCACCACAUACUUUAUUGGAGAAGGGCUCAGUGGUUUCAUUCCUGGCAUAGUCGCUCUGGCACAAAGUGUGGGCAUCUCUAAAUGUGUCAACUCGUCUCAGACUGAAGGAAACCACACAGACUCAAACAUGUGGUCUUUACAUACAGAGUAUCUUCCCCCCAACUUCUCCACAGAGGUGUUUUUCAUCUUCCUAGCAGCCAUGAUGUGCAUCAGCCUGGCUGCUUUUGUUGCACUGAACAGGCUUCCUCGGACUCUUAAGCUGUCCACUGAAAACCUUGUGCCAGACACUGUGGCAUCUGUCAGCUCCGGCCUGGACAACCCUGGAGCAGAUACUGAUGGAGAGGGUGUAAAAUGCCAGGGUGAGGGGGCAGCCCAGAGCACGCUUCUGCUGCCCGGCCCAAAACACUCAGUGUACCAGCUGACCUUCAUCUACUUUAUGGUGGUGUGGGUUAAUGGUGCUACCAACGGCCUGCUGCCCUCUGUGCAGACGUACUCCUGUAAGCCCUACGGAAACCUGGCCUAUCACCUCUCUGCUGCUCUGGCAUCAGUGGCCAAUCCAGUGGCUUGCACCAUUGCAAUGUUCUUCCAAAACAGGUCACUGGUAUUUCUUGGCAUAAUGACGGCAUUAGGGACGGGAUUUGGCAGCUAUAACAUGGCUAUGGCAGCUUUGAGUCCAUGUCCUCUGCUUCAAGGGUCAGUGCUGGGAGAGAUAAUCAUUGUGCUCUCGUGGCUUUUCUUCACUGGAACUCUGUCAUAUGUCAAAGUCAUGGUGGGUGUCAUCCUCAGAGACCGGAGCCACAGCGCCCUGGUCUGGUGCGGAGCCGCAGCACAGAUUGGCUCGUUAGUUGGUUCGGUCACAAUGUUCCCACUGGUUAACGUCUACCGGCUGUUCAAGUCGGGAGAUUUCUGCACCACUAAAUGUCCUUUAUGACAUGGAAUCUGAGAACUGCAGCACCAAGGAAGCUGAACGCGCUCUCCGUUAAAGGAAUAGUUUGUGCUUAUUCAGUGCCUUGCAGAACGUUUGAUGAAUAGACUGACACCACUCUCAUAGCUGUGUCUUAUGCUGCAAUCCAUUGUACUCGGAGCUUGGAAGAAAACGACCUCCGACACAGAAAAGUUCAAUGGUACGAUCAUUCAAGUCAUCAUCCAAGUUGGAAACGUCAGAGCAAUGUGAUGUCAGAGCAACAUGGCGACACACAGUGAACCAAGCAGAAUGAAAUUUUCAUGAUUUACUUUACUACAUUUAGUGUUUUAUGUAAUGUUUGUGUUGUGAAACGUGCUCUAACAUUGUAGCUGCCAUCUCCAUUUCUAUUCGGUUGAUUUGUGCCUCACAGAAGAUCAUGAGUAAAACAACCGCAUGCUAUUGACUGUGGUGGCUCACACUAUUACUGCACCUGUUUACACAAUUUUGAGCUGUUGUAGGUUAUUUCAACUAGCAAAGAUAAGCACUUGACUUAGUUUAUAUGCCUUUUUUUCUUUGCUAAUGGCGCUUUGGUAACUGAUGUAGGCCCUCUGUAGAUGCUUGUGAAGCUCAGAGACCUUACAAACAAACAUCAGUUUGCUGCAGGUGUCCAUGUUUUCCUGAGGAGAUGCACUGGGACACGUUUAGAUUGCAAGUCAGGAACACUGACUCCGUAUUGUCGACUUCCGACUUGCAAUGGAUUGCAGCAUUAAGUACGGAGCUAGAACUUAGAGUCAAUUAGCUUAGCAUGAAGACGUGAAGCGGGGGGUAACUGCUACAGUAGCCUAGCUUUGUUAAAAAAAAAUCUGCUUACAGCCACCUCCAAAGUUCAAUAAUUAAUCUGUUUCUCUUGUUUAAUCCGUGCACAAAUCAACAAGUAUACAUGUUGCAGUUUUAGAGGGAGUUAGUUUGGAGUGUAGUUUUUAUAUUUUGUUCUUUUUUGCAGAUUAAACAAGACAAAACAUUUUAAUUUGUGAACUUUAGUGGUGCUAGUAACCAGAUUUUUAAAAACACAUUUUGCUAGAGCCAGGCUAGCUGUUCCUUAAAUCCAGUCUCUAUGCUAGAAGUCUUCCUUUGUAGUUCUUCUUAGAGUUUAUCAUCUUUCAGCUUUUUGUUUAUAAAAGUGAUGUUUUUGCAUUUAUUUUCUUCCAUUUGAAGCUGUGAUUUUUACAUCAUGUUUGCACUUAACUUUAUCAAUAUGUGUGUUUAAAGUCAUUUAAUACACUAUGAUGGGAAAUACUAUUAAUCUGUAUAAAUAUAAGUUAAACACUGUGACACAGCUGUCAUUCAUUCUGAUACAGUAGUUUUAGGCUAAAAGGUGCAUUGUACCAAUCAUGAGACUGUCAACUUGUCUGCCCACUAGAUGGCGCAAGCACACUUCUAUACAUUUAAAACCUCUCACUCCACACUCUGUAGUCCUUGAAAAUGAAAUAUAUUUAUACUGUGCAUGUGAAAAAAUAAAACAGUUAAAAUUUAUGUU